CUGAGCUUCUAUCGGCUGUGUGACCCGCGUGUUUACACACUCCCAGAUGAAGGAGUCGAUAAUGAACCAGGAGAAGCUCGCCAAACUGCAGGCUCAGGGCCGCAUUGGCGGCAAGGGGUCAGCCCGCAGAAAGAAGAAGGUGGUGCACAGAACAGCAACAGCGGAUGACAAGAAGCUGCAGUUCUCCCUCAAGAAACUGGGAGUCAACAACAUCUCUGGCAUUGAGGAGGUGAAUAUGUUCACAGACCAGGGAACAGUGAUCCACUUCAAUAAUCCAAAGGUUCAGGCCUCCUUGGCUGCCAACACUUUUACAAUCACAGGGCAUGCUGAGAACAAGCAGCUCACAGAGAUGCUCCCAGGAAUCCUAAACCAACUUGGAGCCGACAGUCUUACCAGUCUCAGGAGACUAGCAGAGACCCUCCCCAAACCAGCUGGAGACAACAAAGCCCCCAUGGUUGCUGCUGAAGAGGAAGAUGAUGAGGUUCCAGAUCUUGUUGAAAACUUUGACGAGGCUUCAAAGGACGAGGCAAACUAACAAACACCAGGGAACAUUUCAAAGACCCUCUCGGCUCACUGCUCUUUGACACAGCAGCAUUUUUGUAAUUCUUCAUCUCUGUAGUUGCUCUGUGGCUACAAACAAAAGUAGCUUUUUAAUUGUAACCUUGAAAAUUUGGCAAAAAAUAGUAAAAUUU